AUUAAAUGACUUAAGGUGCCGUUACAUUGCUUCCAUAUCUUAUGCCCCUGGCCCUCGUGUUCCUUCCUGUAGUACCGUCAUCAUUCCAUUGCUUGUUGGUUAGGUGGCAUCAUCAUGUGAGAUGCAUGCAAACUCAUCUAAGCUGUAUGCUUUUGACAGUGCCAUUUUCUCAUUAUGAUUGGGUAUUACAAAUGAACAAGUGUGAUGCAUAGAUCAUGCAAUGACGACCAUGUCUGUAAAGCAUUACGCAAAUGUGUAGUAUGUAAAAUAGCUGAAAAUUCAAAUGAAAGCUCGCACCCCCUUCUCUUCAGACCAACCAAUUUCCCAAACUGUAGCUCUUGCUUCCAUGUCAGGUGUCUUGCUUACAGUUCACAAAUAACUGCCAGUAAUGUAAACAACUUGCAGAUCCUUGAGAAACCAAAGCUUGCAAAACCACCACCGAAAAUGUACCAUGCUGGAUGAAAGGAAAAGAAAGAAAAAAAGAUGCGAUGGAGAUCACUCACCUCCCUAAACCAUUGCCACACAACAUUUCAUUUGCAUCAAUCUGCGCUAUUACUAAACCUUGUUUAAAAAAAGUGAUUGGGGUAGAAAACUUCCUCAACAGCACUUUUAAACUUCCAGUGUAUAACCAAAAUAUUUGUUCGAGCCUGGUGAGGCAUGUGGUAUUAGCAUAUAACAGGCUGAACUCUGCGAAUCUACUAGCCAGUAGCUCCUCCCUUUCAUUACCAUCAUUAUCAAAUGGUGGCAUCAAAUGUGGUCACAUUCUCUUUUCAUAUUGUCACUUUUUUCAUGCUGCUCAGUUGCCUGGACAUUGUCAUUAGCAUAGUGCAUAUUCUAGAAUGAAAAGCUUUGUUUACAAUAUAGCUCCCACAUGACUUUUUCUUUGUAUAUUUUCGAAAUGAAGAAGUAGUUGGUAUUCCUUUGAUAAUUGAAGCUAGUUCUUUCUGCCAUAAUAUAUAGAACCAAUCCAAUUACGAAACUCAUUUAUUUUAACGCCCUGAUGAAAAACUUUGUGUUGUGUCUUUAAGUACGCAGUAGCCUACUUGCCAGAACACAUGUUUAUUGCCACUUGCAAUACAACGGAAAAGAACCACAAGGCACUUACGUGGCCGUCUUAUAUAGCUAUACAGAGCUACUAAUCAGUGACAUCACAGACACACACACACAGGCACGUGCAUUCUAUCUAAGAUACACAAUUCAAGACCUCAGUGACGUCAGAGUGCCACUACAGGUUCUAUCUAAGGGGUGAUGACACAACACUUUGUAUGGCAUGAGUUAUCAUUAUCAAGCAUAGUUUCAGAAUGUGGUGUGAUCGUAAGUGAGUAGCCUGCAUGUGAUACCCUGCUCUUGCAGUAAUUUCUGGUGGCACUCUGCAGUCAUGCUUUUGAUUGCAAAUGCAGCAUACCAUCAUAUGUUAUAGCGAAUGAGUCAGAGUUCAUCAUUCAGGUUAGUUGAAGUAUUUUAAGCUCAUUUUGCACCUCUCUGCUUAGACAGCCGAAGUUAACUAUGCAUGAAUGUCAACUGUGAGUGUUUUUUUACCAAAGUAGUUGUUCUAAAAUGUGCCUCAUAGAGUAAUGUUUGUGAUUUUUUAUUGUCAUUUUUAAAAAGAAAAUUUUUUUCCAGGUUGUGACAUCAGAUGAUGGUGUCUUCACAGUUACAAUUGGGGCAACAAAGGAAAAAGCACCAGCAGAAGCCAUGUGCCAAGAAGCCACAACUUCAGAGGCACCCAAGGAUGCCUUUGCACCAGUUCCUCGUAUGAGCAGCUGCAUGGCCAUCAAGCACGGGAUCCUGUACUUGUAUGGAGGGAUGUUUGAAGACAAUCACCGGCAGUUUACACUUUCCGACAUGUAUGCACUAGAUCUGCGCAAGUUGGAUAAUUGGAAAGUGCUUGUACCAUUAGAUCCACAAGCGCAGGAGUGGCUUGGGUCUGACGACUCUGAUUCUGACACUGAAGAGAUGGAGAUAGAUGAAGAUGACGAGGAUGACGAAGACAGUGAGGAAGGUGCAUGUGCUCCACCUGACUCAUGAAGAAGUAAUUGUUUUGGAUUUCUGUCUGGUACAUAUAAAUAAAUUGCUUUAGUGAAGACAAGUA